AUGAAGCUGGACACAGGGGCCAGCGUGUCGGUCAUGGCCGGGAAACUGUUCAAGCAUAUUUUCCCCCGACGUGUCCGUCCAGGCUUCGGGCGUGAUGCUGCGCAGCUACUCCGGACAGCUCUCCCAGGUCCAAGGGCAGGCCAGGUCAGCGUUUGCUUUGGUGACAGGGAGGCAACCCUUCCCCUUUAUUUAACCAAGGGGUCAUCACCGACACUGCUGGGCCGAAACUGGAUUCACGCACUGGGCAUUCAGUUGCCGGAGUACCAAGAGGCCGUCCUACAUGUGGUCAAAGACGUCCCAAGCCUUUUGACCGAUUUCAAGUCCCUGUUCCAACCGGAGGUGGGUACAUUUGCUGGCACGACGGCUAGCAUUCACAUUCCUGAGGGAGCCAGGCCUCGUUUUUUCAAGCCUCGCCCACUGCCGUUCGCCCUGAAGGACAGGGUCACCCAGGAGCUGCAACGGUUACAGCGAGAGGGCAUCCUGGUGCCCAUCAAGACGUCUGAUUGGGCCGCUCCCAUAGUUCCAGUACUCAAGCGAGAUGGGAGUGUCAGGAUCUGCGGGGAUUUCAAGGUCACCAUCAACCCCGUCGCUACCGUUGAGAAGUACCCGCUGCCCCGGAUUGAAGAUCUCUGGUCAGCGUUGUCCGGGGGACAGAAGUUCACAAAGCUCGACCUCAGAGAUGCUUACCAGCAGCUGGUGCUCCAGGAUGCCUCCCGGAAGUAUGUCACGACAUCGACAACUUUGGGGCUCUUCCAGUACACGCGCAUACCGUUUGGCGUGGCCUCAGCCCCGGCCAUUUUUCAGAGAGAGAUGGACAACCUCUUCAGAGGCAUGAGGCACGUGGCGGUGUACUUGGACGACAUCCUGGUUACUGGCACCGACAACGGAGACCACCUGCAGAACCUGCACAACGUCCUGGCUGGCCUGUCUCCAGCCCCCCGCAAAGUUGAUGCUGUGCUCAAGGCGGCAAAGCCCCAUAUCAAGAAGGAGCUUCAGAGCUACCUCGGCCUCAUCAACUUCUACAGGAGUUUCCUACCGAACCUGUCGGCGCAUCUACAGCCCCUCCAUCUUCUACUUCGAGAUGGUCAGCAGUGGACCUGGAAGGAGCAGGAAGUGGCAUUCCAGCGCAGCAAGGAGCUAAUCACCAAGGCUCCAGUGCUGGUGCACUUUGAUCCGGACAAGCCAGUCAUCCUAAAAGUAGAUGCGUCGCCGUACGGCGUGGGAGCUGUCGUGGCGCACCGGGACAAGGAUGGCCAGGAACGCCCUGUUUCGUUUGCUUCCCGUCGGCUUCUUGUUGCAGAGCAACGUUACAGCCAGCUGGAUAAGGAAGGCCUGGCCCUCAUGUUUGGGGUCGAGCGCUUUCACCAGUACCUGUGGGGCAGAGAAUUUCAGGCAAUCACAGACCAGUACCUGUGGGGCAGAGAAUUUGAGGCAAUCACGGACCACAAGCCGCUGCUGGGUCUGCUGGGGCCGGACAAGGCGGUUCCCGUGCAGGCCUCGCCUCGAGUGGUAUGCUGGGCCUUGAGGCUUGCUGCCUACAACUACCGGCUGGUCUACCGUCCGGGAAAGGACCUGGGACCUGCUAAUGCCCUUAGCCGCCUGCCCCUGCCGGAGCUGCCAGCUGCUGCUCCAGAGCCUGCUGAACUGUUCAUGCUGGAGCACGCGUACCCGGAGGUACUCUCCAGAUCUGCGGUGUCGCUGGCGACCAGCCGGGAUCCAAUCCUGUCCCAGGUGGUGAAAGCGGUGUCCCAAGGGGAGGAGUUGGUGCAGCAGGCUUACAGCCACAAGGCUGCCGAGCUGAACCUGCAGCAGGGCUGCCUACUCUGGGGUUCCAGGGUGGUGAUCCCACAAAGUCUUCGGUCCAGGGUCCUGCAGUUGCUGCACGCGGGUCAUCCUGGUGUAGAAAAGACGAAGAUGAGCUGCCAGGUCUGCCAGGAGCACCAGCGGGCCUCACGUCAUGUGGAGAUCACGCCCUGGCCACUCCCACAGAGACCCUGGUCCCGCUUGCAUGUGGAUUUUGGGGGUCCCUUCAAGGGCCACUACUUCCUGGUAGUGGUGGACGCCUUUUUGAAGUGGGUGGAGGUCCUACCUGUCACCACUCCUUCAGCAGGCGCGACCAUUGCAGCGCUGCGACAGGUCUUUGCCGCCCAGGGGUUGCCGGACGUCAUCAUGUCCGACAAUGGCCCCGCUUUCGCCAGCACAGAGUACCUGGCCUAG